GAUGCAAGUCGUCACUUCCUCUCCCAGUUUCGCGUGAGUUAGCUAGUUUAGCAGGCAAGGUAGCUAACAAGUUGCUAAUGGUGUCCCUUUAUGAUUGUGCGUGUGAUAUUUUGAGAGGUUGUAUCUAAAAUAAAAACGAAACGUUUAACGACUGGGUGAACUGUUAAAAAGGUGUCGUAUCGCGUAAGAGACCCCUUCAAGUGAAACUUGUUAGCCACCUGCUAGCAAGCGUUUGCUAAUUAUAUUCAGUUUACAUCAUGGCAAGUGCAGCAAAUACAAACCUAAACGCAGUCCGGGAGACUAUGGACGGUAAAUGUAUAUUUAAUGAACAUGCAGCAUUGCUGCUGGAGAUCUCCAGGUUGCUGAACACAGGUUUGGACAUGGAGUCUCUGUCCAUAUGUGUGAGACUGUGUGAGCAGGGCAUCAACCCAGAAGCUUUGUCUGCAGUCAUCAAAGAACUGCGUAAAGCUUCUGAAACCCUCAAGGCUUCUGAAAACUGCACUAACUGAAGUUGCAGGCUGAUCACUUCAGUUUGAACUUUAAUGGGCUCAUGCCCCAUUCCUGGAUCUGUACCUACCACGGGCUCUCCAACCAACCAGACCUGCAUGUGCAUCGUCACUCUGUCCUCUGCGCCUGCUCCUGUCCUGUGCUUUUGGCUUGUGUUUGGAGUUUUGUGUGGAGGUAUCAACCUCAGUCCUCCUUCCUAAACACAAGUCUUCUGUCAAGGGGGCAUGCUCUGCCCUUCGGCCUCGGAUUUCCUUGCAAGUUUCUCCUUUUUGUGAAGUGAAAGUUCAUAGUGGUUAUAGCAUUGACAUCCUGCCUUAAUUUAAGAGCAUCCGUCAAAUUUCUGAUAGUGAUUUGACUUUUCAUGAGGAAAUGUUUUUUAUGAUGUUUUGAAAUAUGUCAUUUGUUAUUAACUGUUUUUAAUUUUGUGUAAGCAUAAUGCUUAUUUUCAGCUUAAUCCUUUUGGCAUUUCCAUUGUCUGUGAAACCAUCAAUGAUGGAACAAAGUCUAAAUUAAAAUGUUAGUCGACGGCCACAA